GAUAACACUGUCCAAAACACGUCGUUUUGCCUCACCGAUUUACCCACCAUAGCCCUAGAAAUCUCUCGCUUGCUCGGCGGACAUCUCCAUCUCCAUCUCCAGCAGCCCCGCCCCAUCAUCUUUACCGCCAUCAUCGUUUCUCCAUCGCCAGCCCCGCGCCGCCGUCAUCUGCCCAGACCACCACCCCAUCAUCUUCCUCUCAUCCCCGCGCCGCCAUCAUUUUUUUUUUCCUCGCCAGACCCGCGUUCGAGAUCUUCUUCCUCUCCCUCGCCAGCCCCGCGCCGCCAUCAUCAACCGAUAAAUUCUGCUGAUCUAGCAAAAGAAGAAGAGUUCAGCUAGGAGGGCUUGUUACUAAGAGCAAUGGCGAGAUACGAUAGAGCUAUCACCGUCUUUUCGCCCGAUGGCCAUCUCUUCCAGGUCGAAUACGCACUGGAGGCCGUCCGCAAGGGAAACGCGGCCGUCGGCGUCCGUGGCACCGACACCGUCGUCCUCGGCGUCGAGAAGAAAUCCGCCGCCAAGCUUCAGGACUCCAGGUUAUCAGUGAGGAAGAUCGUCAACCUCGAUAAUCAUAUUGCUUUGGCAUGUGCUGGCCUUAAGGCAGAUGCUCGAGUGCUAAUCAACAGGGCCAGAAUUGAAUGUCAAAGCCACAGGCUAACAGUGGAGGAUCCUGUCACUGUUGAGUAUAUCACCCGUUACAUUGCUGGACUUCAGCAAAAGUACACGCAAAGUGGCGGUGUCAGGCCAUUUGGGCUUUCGACCUUGAUCAUAGGGUUUGAUCCAUACACUGGGGUGCCCUCACUUUAUCAGACAGAUCCUUCUGGCACUUUUUCAGCUUGGAAAGCAAAUGCAACUGGGAGGAACUCCAACUCCAUCAGAGAGUUUCUGGAGAAGAAUUAUAAAGAAACUUCUGGUCAAGAAACCAUCAAGCUUGCAAUCCGGGCCUUACUGGAGGUUGUGGAGAGCGGUGGAAAGAAUAUUGAAGUCGCAGUAAUGACGAAAGACCAGGGCCUACGACAACUUGAAGAGUCUGAAAUUGAUGGUAUUGUGGCUGAGAUUGAAGCGGAGAAGGCAGCUGCUGAGGCUGCCAAGAAGGGCCCUGCUAGAGACGCAUGAUAUUAGGAACCCCCCUGAAUUUGUUCUGCCAAUGGGCCACAGGAACUUCCGUAGUUUAUGUUAUCUUGUGCUACAGCUCUUAAUGUGUUUGAAGUUAUCAGAGUUUGAUUGUAGAUUUCUGAGGUGCUAUUGAACAUUUCCUUUUGAUGUAUUUCAGUCUCCAGAUGAACGGUGUGGAAUUUCAACUUGGCAAAUGAUUUCUGAGCCUUCUGCUUUGUCUUUUGUUUCCUUUUUACUGCUUUUGAGGGCUCCGUCUCUCUCCCCACUUUUCUCCAAAACCCAUUACCAACCAACACUUCAGUUUUCAUUCAUCAGUGGGGAAGAAAGGAAGGAAGAAAAACUAGAGAAUAAAGGAGGUUUUGCGUGUUUCCCCUUUGUGGUAAUGUUGAGGAAAAGAACAAGGUCAGUCCACAAAGAUCAACAAAUGGGUCUGCUUAGAGUCCGAUUCCUGUUCUGAAUCCUAUCGCCGGUCUGAAAGCCACAAGACAAAUUCAUCGUUCAGUGUUCCUAGACUGUUUGUUGGAUUUACCCCUAAGGUAUUGUCUGAAUGUCUGAUUGUGACUCUGUGAAGAGCCCAACAUCACCUCUAGAUUUCAAGCUGCUUCCAGGCUCCAGCUGUAGGAGGAAAUCCACCUUAUAGCUCCCCAAGGUCAUUCCAUCAGAAGAGUUGGGAUCGUAGCAGACUCGGCUUAAGCAUUGUAGAUUCUCUUGAUGAUGAUCUUACCAAAACCUCUGGCGAAGUUCCUCGUCCAUCGGUGAGUAGGAACAUUCUUUUUGGCCCAGGGGUGAGAAGCAAGGCAUCAAACUCUAAUAGUCAUACAUACAGUGCUGUCGAGGCAGCCAAGUCACUUCCAAGAAAUUUUGCUAAAGUUC